UACUGUCAAAUCAAGAAUUCAAUAUCCAAAACAAGUGUCGGGUAGUGUAAGUGAAUUCUGUGACUGGAAAACUAAGCAUGAAGUGAAAAGUGAAUCUUUAAACCUAAAAUUGCAAGAAGAGUUAAAUUUAUCGCAUAAAGUCACAACAAAACAUGAAAUAUAUGGCGUACAAAAUCUAUUUGACCAAGAAUUCAUAACACUCAUGGUAUGCCCUAGUGCUAACCAUCAGAAAUCGCAGUUAAACCAAGUUCAGUUACAUUAAAACAAAGUUACCGUGUUUAAAAUAACUCCAAUUAAAAACCACUGUGAGUUAGUUUCCGGGGUUUCCGGUUGUGGCCCGCAUGCAUCGAAUUCUGACCAAACGAAAUUGAAAAUUUCCAUAUUUCCGGAUGUAAACAAUCGAGCCAGCCGUACCAACAGCGAGGUCUGGGCAUGCGUGGUAGAUGGCUUGCGAAGAAAGUGUUUUGAAGAGCGGAGCCCUAAAAGGCUACUCAACAAACCAACCAAAUCCGCUAGCCAAGCCGCGCCUACUCACCGCCAGAGGCGCGCGCGCGCGUCUUUCUUGCUGCUGCGGUUGAAGUUUCUGUCAGUGACGCACCCCGGCGCGCUAGAACUGUCACUUUUGCACGGUGCCGCCGCCAGCAUAUCUGAUGUAAACAAAAGCAUUACAGCUGUUCGCGAGGUGUGUGUGCUUUGGGGCAGUUUUUAUCGGAAAAAUCGUGUUUCCACCGGCAAGUGAUUGUGAAUUCGGGGGAUCUGUAAAGUAGCAGUAAGUUUAAGUGGGAUUGACGGUGAAUUCAGUGGAAUUUUAGAAAUUGUUGGUGCGUUGCAGCUGUCAGAGGUGGCAAAAGGAAGACUUUUGGUGAUUUGCUGGAGGAAGACUUUCUUACUUGUUUCAAAUCGCCGAAAAACAGCAUGUGCUUCUAGCUUAUAAAUAACCUUUCGGCUUGUAUUGAAUAAUUGCAACACAAGGAACAUCAUUCUACAGGAUAUUUCAGUUCGAUUUUAAUUCAUGAAUUUUAAAGUAUUCAAAAUAUACUUUUAAUGUAACGAAGCCGACGAUCGAAUUAUCGAAACAAAUAUAUCUUAUCGAAUGUCAACAUAAAUUACCAGCAUCCAAGGAAUCCACGCGAUUUAAGGACAGUCAAUUCGAAAAACAAAGCAACCCACAACUUUCGUGUGAAGUCCUUCCACACGAUGCCCUCGUACAACAGCCACACCAUGCUGGGGGCCAAGAACUUUGAAAGCUCCAGCGACGACUCCAGUGACGACGACGAACCGGAAAUGGUCGUGGCGUCGACGGCUUCCAGCGAAAACGACGACGAAGAGGACGACGAAACGGGAGUGCCGAAGCAGUUUGCCAAGAAGAAGCACGGCAGCAGCGCGGCGAAGGACGAGGAACCGGCCAUGAAGCGGCCACGGUUCGAUGAGGCGACAACGAGUAGUGGGUCGGGAACAUCGGCGGCCACCGCGGCUCCGUACUACUCCGACAUGACGCGCCGGAUGAUGGAGAAGAUGAACUACGACGCGAGCAAGGGGUUGGGAAAGCGCGGCCAGGGCCGGGUGGACAUUGUUCCGGUGUCGCAGCAGAAGGGACGGAGAGGAUUGGGUUUAAAGCUCGAUCAGCUCGACCAGGCGGCUUCCGGUUUCGACGAAACCGCAGAAGUACUCACCAUCCCCGAGAAGGUCACGUGGUUCGAGGCGGGCACGGAAGAGUCCGAGCUGGCAAACCUGAGCCGUGACGUUCUGGAAGGUUGGCUUCGGUACGGCUCGCCCAAGAUGAACAUCGACGACGAGGACCAGUUUUGCGAACCCGCAGUGUUGGAGAAGGUGCUCGAGUCGAAGACGGCAUUCGACAAGCUGGGCGCGCAGGACAUGCGGAUGGCCCGGACACGGUCGAACCCGUUCGAGACGAUAAAGUCGAGCAUUUUCAUGAACCGGGCCGCGGUCAAGAUGGCGAACAUGGACUCGAUGUUUGAUUACAUGUUUACAAGUCCGGUGGACGGGGCGGGGAAUUCGCUGGUGAAGGAUUCGGAUCUGCUUUACUUUGCUGACGUUUGUGCGGGCCCGGGCGGAUUUUCGGAGUACUUUUUGUGGAGGAAGAAGUGGCUUGCGAAGGGGUUUGGGUUCACGCUGAAGGAGUGUAACGACUUUAAGCUGGAGGACUUUAAGGCGGGGACGCCGGAGACGUUCGAUACUUACUACGGGCCGAAGGAGAACGGGGACGUGUUUGAUCCGGAGAAUAUCCAGGCGUUUGCGGAUUACGUGCUGCGGCAGACGGAAACGGGGGUGCACGUUAUGAUGGCCGACGGCGGGUUCUCGGUUGAGGGAAGGGAAAACGAGCAGGAAAUCUUGUCGAAGCAGUUGUAUCUGUGUCAGAUAUUGGUCGCUUUGAGUAUCGUCCGAACGGAGGGACACUUUGUGGUGAAGUUGUUCGAUCUGUUUACGCCGUUCAGCGUCGGGUUGAUCUACCUGGUCUCGAAGUGCUUCAAGAAGAUUUCAAUUUGUAAGCCGAACACGAGUAGGCCGGCGAACUCCGAGCGAUAUUUGGUGUGCAAGUGGAAGAAUCCCGGUACGGACGCCAUCCAGCGGCAUCUGUUUGAGGUGAAUGAAUUUUUGUUCAACAAGAAAGAUCAGAAAGACAUUUUGGAGUUGGUGCCGUUCGACGUCCUUAAAGAGGACGAAGCCUUCUUCCGGUACGUGUACGAUAGCAAUAACGAAAUCGGAAGAAAUCAGGUCGUUGGUCUGCGGAAGAUUGCCGCUUACACGGAGAACACCAACUUGGUAGAGUCCCGGCAGGCCAAGAUCCGCAGCGAUUGCCUAACUAUUUGGAAGCUACCGGACGUGCUACGAAGACAUCCCCCGCCAGCGAAACCGGACGAAUACGCGCGCCAAAUCCUCGGCGACUGGCAGCAGCAGUUCCUCUCCUCCGAAGGCUACCCGCUUCAGCCAAAGGAAGACCUCUUCUCGUCGAUCCACGGCUGGCAGUUUGUCCCGGUUGCCGUUACCGAGCACGUGGACAAAACCAUCCGCACCUGCUUCUUGGGCCGCGGUGGCAAAGACGUUUUCUACUUUGACAAAAACUUCUGGAACCGCCUCCAGGACGCACACCUGGAACUCCCCCCGAAAACCCUCGUCUACGGCGAAGUCGUCAAAGAACUGCAAGGCGAAGGUCGCUCCCAAGUCGCCAUCCACGCGUUUCACAUCAUCGACGGCCUCAUGCUUGGCGGCGUCGACAUCCGACGACUGCCCCUCGCCGAACGACUGCGCAUGUGCGAAAAGUUCGCCAAAGCCAUCAACAAACCGCCCAAACCGGACUCGUCCGGAACGCGCACCAUGCCCGUCCGCAGCAAACGCUGCUUCGAGCUGUACGGCAUGGAAGACUUCUUCGAGCGCAUGGACACCUACCAACUCAAGGACGGCGCCCGCCGGAAAGGCUACAAGGUGCGCAACACGAACGAACCGGACCGCUUUUACGUGCCCCGCGGUCUGCUCUUCCUGUCCGAAGUCCGCAACGACUACCUGAAGCAAUUCUCCAAGACCCACAACAAGUUCUACUACUACCACAAGGCUCGCAAGGCGUCCUUCUUUCCGGACCAGAUGAAGUGCGUCGAGGAAACGAUCGCCUCCUUCCGGAACUGUCUGGAGAAUCGCGUCCUCUGGACCUGGGCGGACGUCCGGCAGGUGCUGAGCGAGCAGGAAAGUGCCCGCGUCGUAAAGGACCCGCAGCUGGUGUAUCGUACCGACCUCGAGCAGUUUCUGGUGAAGAAAAGCGUCUGACGUUAGUGGCGGGUGCGUGAGCGUUAGUGUUGGCGUUUGCGUGUGCUCCAAUGAAUUGUUAAUAAAAAGUUUGAUCAACUCAGUAGCGAUUGGAAAAAA